AUGUUUGAUUUCGAUGAUAUAACUCCCGUUAAGCUUAAUGAGGAAGAACCACAAUUGUGUCAGAUAUUAUACGAUAAUGAAUACAAGGAAACGAUGGGAUUAUUACUAGCAUUAAUGCAGAAAGAUGAACAUUCAGAAAGAGCAUUAUGGGUGACGGAGAAGGGAAUCGAGUUAUUGGCAUCUCAUUAUACCAUCUGGAACUAUAGAUAUAACAUUUUGAUAGGCCUAAACAAGGACUUGUAUGAAGAACUAGAUUGGUGUGAGCAAAUAGCACUUGAAAACGAAAAGAACUACCAGAUAUGGAAUUACAGACAGUUGAUAAUUGAGAAGAUCAUAAAAGAUGAUGGAGGUAAUGGAUUCAAUCCGCAUCGCGAGUUUCCUAUCAUGAAUGCAAUGCUCCAAGAAGAUACGAAGAACCACCAUGUGUGGUCUUAUCGCAAGUGGUUGGUCGAACGGUUUGAUUUAUAUGAUGAUGAGAAAGAAUUGCAAUUUGUUGACCAGAAUUUGGAAUACGACUUGAGAAACAACUCGGCAUGGACACAUAGGUUUUUUCUCAAAUUCGGUCCUCAAAACGUUAGUCAGGAUAUCGUCACUCAAGAAAUUGAACUCACCAAAUCAAAAAUCUUGAUAUGUCCGCAAAACCCAUCUAGCUGGAACUACUUAUUUGGCAUUUACAAAAAAUUUAACAAAGAUGUUAGCGAAUUGUAUGAGUUUUGCUUGACAUUUGCCAACGUACAAGAAUCGCCAGAUGUGGAGGUGGUUAUAACUAGUACUUACGCAUUAGAAAUGUUAGCUACCAUCUACCAGCGUCGUAGGCAACCUGCGUUAGCUGUAAAGGUAUAUGAUCUUCUUUCUACCACAUACGAUCCCAUAAGAGCCAACUACUGGAACUACGAGAAAGGGAAAAUAACCGUAUAA